AAUUAAUGUACUUUUCUUGCAAAAAAUAUAGUUCAGCUAACAUAGUUGACCUCCUUAUACAGUUCUGAGAAGUUCACUCUAUUGAAUCAACUUCAAGAUUGAUUUUUUUUUCCAUUCAAAUUCCAGCCAAGUCGUUGGCAUUUGGAUGAUUUCAUACGUUCGACGACUUUGGCAUUUAGAUGAGCAAGGUUAUCAUACAAAAGUUCUGUGACUGCAAGCUUUCAAUCUUAACACUAGAAGAGGGUGGUUGUGUUCUUGCUUGUUGAAGAGCUUGGUUCACUUGAAAAUCCCAAAAGACACCUUAUUCUGUGUUAUUGCAUCUUAUUUAAUUGUUUAUCUUUAUAUUCCACAUUCUCUUUUUUCACGUCAUCACCUUGCCACCAUUUUUUAAUUUCUUUAUUGUCAUAUGACAGCUGAAGUCUCCUUUUAAGCAGAACCUUUCUAAAAUUUUCUCUUAUUUUCAACUAAGUCAUCAGUAUCAUCAGUAUUUCCUAGGUUUUGGCACUGUCGUUCAUUACUAUAUAGGGUUGCGCGGUGCCAUCUGCAUAUUCCCGUAGUAUUGUAUGAAUUAUGUCCAUCUUGUGUUCAGAUAUGCUUGGGAAAGUUUUAGUUGUCUUGUUGGUUGCAAGUUUAGCAUGGAUUUUCCAGGCCCUCCUACCUCCAACUCCUAGAAUCUGUGGCUCUCCUGGAGGUCCAGCAGUUGCUGGACCUCGAAUCAAACUUAAGGAUGGAAGACAUCUGGCUUAUAAGGAGCAUGGCGUGCCAAAAGAAACGGCAAAAUAUAAGGUCAUCUAUGCACAUAGCUUUGGUUCUACCAGAUAUGAGUCAGCUUUUGUACCCUUGGAAAUACUUGAAGAAUUAGGGGCUUAUGUUGUCUCUUUCGAUAGACCUGGUUAUGGGGAAAGUGAUCCACAUCCAAAACGAACCAUACAAACUAUAGCUUUGGAUAUGGAAGAGCUUGCUGAUCAACUCGGACUUGGCCCUAAAUUUUAUGUUAUGGGGUUUUCCAUGGGUGGUCAUGCUGUUUGGGGUUGCCUCAAGUACAUCCCUGAUCGGUUAGCUGGAGCAGCUCUUGUUGCUCCCUCUAUCAAUUACUGGUGGCCUGGCUUUCCUGCUAAUUUAUCUGCAGAAGGAUACAAUCUACUGUUCCCACGGGACCAAUGGGCUCUUCGAGUUGCACAUUAUGCACCUUGGCUAGUCUACUGGUGGAACACUCAGAAGUGGUUCCCGUACAGUAGUGUUAUAGCUGGAAAAUUCAAGAGGUCUCCCCCAGAUAUGGAAGUUGCUUACAGAUUUGCUAAGCAUGCAAGUGAAAUACAAAAACAUAAGGAAUAUGCUGUAAAACAAGGAAUAUUCGAGUCCCUCCACCGCGACAUGAAGGUGGGGUUCGGGAAAUGGGAUUUUGAUCCUAUGGAUCUUAAGAACCCUUUCCCAAAUGGUGAAGGCUCGGUCCACUUGUGGCAUGGUGACCAAGACUGGAUUGUACCUGUUAUAUUACAACGUUACAUUGCAGAAAGGCUUCCAUGGAUCAACUACCAUGAAAUGCCCAAUGUUGGACAUCUAAUUAUGCGCGAUCCGGCCAUGACGGAGGCUCUCUGGAAGAGAUUUUUGGCAGGAAAGAAAGAACAGAUAGUUCACAAAGAGAUUAAGAGGUUCCUUUUGUAAUUAAGACAGAUUCAUUAUUGAUAUUGGCAUAAUCCUAAUGCACAAAUAUUAAUUAAAAUAGAAUAUAUUUGCUUUGGACUUAAA